UAACUAAUGGAGCCUUUAGAAUUCAACGCAUUUGUUGUCAGAACGCGCUGCGCGAAGGUUGUUUAAUGUGUCGCAUAAAAUUUGUGUAACUUACGACAAUAUAAUAUUGUAAACGUUGAAUUAUUCAAGUUGGCUGGAUUUGUGUUGCCGUGCUACUACUAUUGUGUUGCAUUUGAAAUCAAGUCAAAGCCAUGAGAUAUUUAUUUGUCUAUGUAUUUUUAUUAGGGGCGUGUGUCAGUGUGUCGUUGUCUGCUGAUUUAUCAUAUAGGCGAGGACAUUGUGAUAUCUCAAUAUUUAGUGUAAUUCAGGAAAUGCUACGAAAGGAAGUUAAAGUCCUGCUUAAUCCACGUUUACGUAAUUUGGGCAGUCAACGCAUACAUUACGACCUUUAUACUCCCUAUAACCCUAACCAACGGCAAAUAUUGCGCACAGGAGAUAUAAGGGCAUUGCGAAACUCAAACUUUAAUACCAAUUGGCCAGUAAGAUUUUCUAUACAUGGAUGGGCUGGCAAAAGUACUUCGUGUUCAAAUGCCGCUAUAAAGGAUGCUUACUUUAGUAGGGGAAAGUUUAAUGUAAUUUUGGUGGAUUGGAGUGAUAUUGCUCUUGACAUUAGUUAUCCACGGAUUUCUCAGCAGUUUUCGGAAAUUGCUGCUCAAAUAGCAAAGUUUAUUCGUUUUCUGCAAAAGGAGACCAAUGUUGAGAUGAAUAAUAUUUAUUUAAUAGGACACAGUGCUGGCAGCCAUAUUUCGGGUUUAACGGGCAAACUUUUAAAGCCUCAAAAAUUUGGAGCCAUUAUAGCUUUGGAUCCUGCUGGUUUGGCGCAACUUGGGUUAUCUGCAGAUUUUCGUUUGGCACCUAAUGAUGCAACGUAUGUUGAGUCAAUUCACACUGAUACUUCUCAUUUGGGUAAUCCAAGUGUUCAACUAAGUCAAGCAUCAUUCUUCCCAAAUUGGGGUCAAGGCCAACCACAUUGCCCAAAUGCCACAGCAGCGGAAUUUGAUUUUGCUUGUGAUCACUUCGCGGCUUUGUAUUAUUUUGCAGAAUCUAUACGUAAACCAAAUUUGUUUGGAGCUAUUGAAUGUUUAAAUGCUUCUAGCUUAAACCAGUACUAUAAUUGUACAUGCAGUUCGGGGACAGACGAAUGUCAUGCUGAAGUUUACAUGAGCGGAGAGCCAGCGGUGCCGAAAACUGGAUUUUUUUAUUUAAGCACUAAACGUAAUUUGCCAUAUGGCUUAGAAAAUGUAGUACGAAUACGAAAAGUACAACCACCAAAUUUUUUGGAAAGUAGUUACAUAUCACCCCAACUUUUAGGUGGUUUAUAUCAGAGCACAAGACGUUUGCUCUAAUUGUAUUUUUAUUUUUAAUAAUAAUUGUGAAAUAAAUUUUUUGUAUAUAUGUAUAUUUGUAAUAUUAAACACAAUUUUAAGUCUUUGUAAUCUUAUUGAUCA